GCUUUUGUGCUCGUCUUGCUUCCCUCCGGAUCUGAUUCCACCGCCGUUUAAGAGCAUGGGUCGUGGAGUUAGCAGUGGUGGUGGACAAAGUUCAUUGGGCUAUCUUUUUGGCGAUGGUGAGGCUCCAAAACCAGCAAGAAGUGAUGCUCAAGCUGAAGCACCUGUAAUUAAUAAGCCUCCUUCAAAACCUCAACCAGUAGAUGUGACCAAGCAGAUUCCUGCUGGGAUUCAUAGUAAUUCUGCUGAUGGCCAGAACACUGGCAACUUCAUCACGGACCGACCCUCAACCAAAGUCCAUGCUGCACCUGGUGGCGGCUCUUCUCUGGGCUACCUGUUUGGAGGAGGGCCUGGUGAAGGAAAAUGAUAUCUCAGUUGUGCAGCUUUUGCUUCGAGAAAGCCUUCUUUUCGAUUUCAAACCUUGGAAACAUUGUGGAACAUAUGAUGUAUUGAUGAAAUAUAGGUUAUGGUUGCUGGGAGAUUCCAAUCAGUACUAUAUUUUAAAUGCACAAAAUGUCUAUUACUGAACUGUCUGUCUGUCUGUCUGUCAGAAGCAAUAUCUUAACUUCAUAUUUGUUUUUGAUUUUUAUCUGUUGGCAGAUAUUUUUCUGUCAUAUUGCUUCAAUUUCUUCUAAUGGGUUCAGAAUUUAGGGGGCACUAUUUUACACGCACAAGAUGUCUGUUACAGAACUGCCUGUCAGAAGCAAUAUUUUAACUUUCUAGUGCUGUUUGGCAGA